AGACACUGGUGUAUAAAAUGAGAUGUAGCUUUCCUCUGACAGUUCACAAGCAAGAGCAGGAGGGGAGGCAGCUUCCAAAAACGUUCUCCCAUCCACAUCGACCCAUCAGCGUUGGACAAGAUAUCAGUCACCAAGAUGCUGACCCUCUGGGCCCUGGUCUUCACGCUGACCGUCCAGGCAAGAGCACUUGACUUGCAGAAUCCAUCUUUGCUGCUGGGAAAUCUCCCUCAAUUAGCCCUUGAGGUCACCAAAAAAGCCCCUCUCAAUCUGCCACCCGGACCACUGUUCAGAAGUGCCCCAAAAGAUUCUCCAUCUAAGAAACAUCCAACUAGGACCCCAGGAGGCAGGUGUCUACCAGUGGCCAGGUACUUCAUGUCUAGCAGCAAACUCGAAGAAUAUCUGAACGCCACGCUGCCCCCACAGAUCGAGAAGAUGCUGAUGUGUGAGGAGAUAGAUCUAGCUGGUGUGCUUGGGACAGUGAUAUCUACAUUGUCUAACUCCAACCUACUGUCUGUGUUAGACCUCACUUCAUCCCUCAACAUACCUGGAAGUGAUGUUCUUGGUGGUAUCCUGGGCAAGGAAAGUGGUGGCCAGUCCCCAAAGCUCCCACUGUCAUUGCUCUCAACAGCCACUGAUGCCCUCAAUAUCCAAGAGACUCUGGGCAGACUACUACCCACUGGUGCAGAGAAGAAUCCUGUAAAAGGACUUGUCAACACCCUUGACCUCCCAAAUCUCCCCCAGCCUCUGAAUGAUAUCGUUAACCAAGCCGGCAAGCUCACAGAAUCCACCGAGGGUGUGCUGAACAGUCUAGUGCCAGUAGGUGUUAGUGAUGCAGUCACAGGCCUGCUGAGAAAUGCUGACCUAGCAGAACUCUUACUGGGAUUAAAUGUUCAAGAAGUGACUGUGGAGAGUAUGACAUCAACCAUGACAGGUGAUGGGAUCCUCGUCUCUACCACAACUACCGCCUUCAUAGGUGGAAAAGGCCUAGCAGGACCUGUAGUCAGCCUACUGGGAUAUCAAGUACACAGCGAUAUAACUCUGAAAAUUGGCAUUUCCAUGAACAAUACCCAAUGCAUCAACCUCCAAGUCCAGGACAAGGACAUCAAGUUCAAGAAAGUGACCCUUCAAGUAGUGGAAACGGUCACAAAUACUUUGCCAGUGCCUCUGCCUUUGGACCAAAUCGUUUCUCAAGUGUUGACAGUAGCUAUGAAAGAGAAGCUUCAAGAAGUAGAAUCGUGUGACAUUGAUCUCAGUGAUUUCAGCAAAUGCAAGAACUCUACUGACUUGUUCAAGUACAACGUUAAAAGUUCCAGGACUUCUGCACAAGGUCUUUCAAUCUUCUACUGUGCUAAAGCCUUCUUUAACAAAUAUAUAGUCCCUGUACCUGGAAGUCCCCUUCCACCAGAUCCUAGAAAUGCCAACAUUUCCCUAACUCUGUCCCAUAAAUUACUCACCGUUAUCGUCACACUGAGUGUCAAGCAGAGCUCCACCAAGAUGAAUAACCUGGCUGCAAGCAUCACCAAAAUAGCCUACUCCUUCAAGUCAGGCAACCAACUCCAAGUCACCUUGUGGAUUACCGUGGAAAAGGAUGGUGAGAAUUUUACUACCGCGGAAAGGACCUCAAUCAUCUCCCAUGACAGCAAGAUUUCAAAAGACAAAUUGAUACCAGACUUCAAGAUUAUGAGCUCUGAAGACAAGGUGACACCACCUGAGGCUGAAGCAGAAGUGCAAGAUAUAUUGCUUGAGGUUCUGAAGAAAUUUUUGUCUGCCCUUAAUGAACUGACAAGUGCAUGGAAUGUUCCUCCAGGACUAACCUCAAAUCCUCUAACCAAUGCCAAGGUUAAAGUACUUAAAUUGAACGAUCUUCAGGCAGCAAACUAACCCAGCACCUGAUGCCAGAGAAUUUUCCAGAAUGAAAGCAUUCUAAAACUUCUCUAAGAAAUAUUGAGCCAAGGACAUCCUUAUUUAUCAUUAAGGAGCCACGUAGAAUAGUGUUCUGAACAUGUCAACUAUUCUUUGGAAUCUCACCAACAAUACCUUGAAUUAACAAGCGCAAGAAAAGGAAGAAUCCAGGGAUUUUUGGUAUUCUGUAAUCACUUCUUUAAUAAUUAACCUGUUUUCGUGCAAAAAAAAUGACUUGUCUUCAAUUCAUACAAAUAGGAAUUUCGUCUUAUGCUUAGAAUUAGUAAAAGAACUACUUACCAGGAACAUAAAAGUUAACGGUAUGAAUGAUGAGGCAACAAAAUGCAGACUUCAUUUAUCUAGUGCACUAAGGGACAAUCCUGACAAUGACUUUCCUUCCUGUAUCUCUGCCCUCCCCUCUCCAACUCCAAAUGCUUUUUUUGCCUAAUGGCCCAACAUGAAAAUUACACAGGGGCUAGAAUCCAACUUCCCCCAUCAUCACAUGCUAAACAGUGAGAGGCACAGUCCAAAUGCUAAAAGUUGGAUGGCAAAGAGCAGGUAAGAGCCUGGCAAUACCACGAACAGGGCAGCAAAUGAUCUAGGUCCCAGCUUGGUAACUAUAGACCAUGCCAAGUGGCUGUGAGAGGAAAGCUAAGCCAAGCUCCUUUUAAGGAGACCAAUAAGUACAAAGAAUGCCAGAAAAGUAAAGAAGAAGGAUACUGAGAAACAUCACUGUGAUCUUUACACCAGGCAAAGACUAUGGCUUGUGCUCAGUGUCUGUUCUGGAACCAAAAGAACUCAGAUCGUGGACACAAAGACAGAUAGGGGAAGCAGGGCCAGAUUCAGGACUCACCUCACAGCAAGGAGCAGCACCCCAUAAAAUAAAGGCCAAAUCGCAUUAUUACCUUCAGCCUUUUGUCCAAACCUUAGGUCUUGAUUUCUCCCCAGGCCAUACUUCCCACAGUCAAUCCCAUCUCGGUAAAUGGCAAUAUGAUCCACUCAGGUUCCCUAGUCAGACACGUGGAAUCAUUUUUGAUUCCUCUCUCUUUCACCAACAGACCAAGUCCUAUGGAUUCUGCCUCAAGAACACCUCUCAUCUGUUUGCUUCUAUCACCAUCCUGGUCCAAGUCAUCAUCAUCAUCUUUCACCAGGGCAACUGGUCUCCCUGCUUCAGCCCUUGCCACCCACAAUCCAUUCCCCAACUGGC